UUGACUUGACGCGCCAUUUGCCAGGGUCUGUUUCCAUUCAUAUUCAUUUUCAGACUCCAACUCCAAGAAAUUUCGAUUUUCGGUUUUGGUUUUUGUGCAAUUUUGUCUGAAAUCAAAAUAAAUUUCAAUUAUAUCAUUUUAAAAUAUUAAAAGUUAAUAAUACAAAAAAAAAAAAAUAUCAACAAUGGCAGACAAUGACGAUCUCUUAGAUUAUGAAGAUGAAGAACAAACAGAAACCACCGUUGCCGAGACUGUUGAAGCACCAAAGAAAGAUGUAAAAGGUACUUACGUAUCGAUUCACAGCUCCGGUUUCCGCGAUUUCUUGCUCAAGCCCGAAAUUUUGCGUGCUAUUGUUGAUUGUGGUUUUGAACAUCCAUCGGAAGUUCAACACGAAUGCAUUCCCCAAGCAGUUUUAGGUAUGGACAUUUUAUGUCAAGCGAAGUCAGGUAUGGGAAAGACAGCUGUAUUCGUUUUGGCCACUCUUCAACAAUUGGAACCAACUGAAAAUGUUGUGUACGUUUUGGUUAUGUGCCACACUCGUGAACUUGCAUUCCAAAUUAGCAAAGAAUACGAACGUUUCUCCAAAUAUAUGCCAUCUGUUAAGGUUGGUGUUUUCUUUGGCGGCUUAUCUAUUCAAAAAGACGAAGACAACUUAAAGAAUGUCACACCACACAUUGUCGUAGGGACACCGGGAAGAAUUCUAGCUCUUAUCCGUAGCAAAAAGCUCAACUUAAAACAUCUCAAGCAUUUCAUCCUUGAUGAAUGCGAUAAAAUGUUGGAACAGCUUGAUAUGCGGCGCGACGUACAGGAAAUCUUCCGCAGCACUCCACACGGAAAACAAGUCAUGAUGUUUUCUGCAACACUAAGCAAAGACAUUCGUCCAGUCUGCAAGAAGUUUAUGCAAGAUCCCAUGGAAGUUUAUGUCGACGAUGAAGCCAAACUCACUUUGCAUGGUUUGCAACAGCAUUAUGUUAAAUUGAAGGAAAAUGAGAAGAACAAAAAACUUUUUGAGUUGCUCGAUGUUCUUGAGUUCAAUCAGGUGGUUAUAUUUUUAAAAUCCGUUCAACGUUGCAUGGCAUUGGCACAACUACUGACAGAACAGAAUUUCCCAGCAAUUGGUAUUCACCGUGGUAUGAAUCAAGAGGAACGUUUGUCGCGUUAUCAACAAUUUAAGGACUUCCAAAAGAGAAUUUUGGUAGCAACUAAUCUGUUCGGACGAGGUAUGGAUAUUGAACGUGUGAAUAUUGUUUUCAAUUAUGACAUGCCAGAGGAUUCUGACACUUACUUGCAUCGUGUGGCACGUGCUGGACGUUUCGGUACAAAAGGUUUAGCCAUCACAUUUGUGUCUGACGAAGCAGAUGCUAAAAUUUUAAACGAGGUCCAAGAUCGUUUUGAUGUGAAUAUUACUGAAUUGCCUGACGAAAUUGAUCUAUCAUCUUACAUCGAGGGAAGAUAAACACUUCUUAUAAACAACAAUCGCUUCUAACAAUUCCUGUAUUUUUUAGAACUUUUGUUCUAUUGAAGUAUAACAGGAAAGAAAAAGUAAAAUAAAAAAGAAGAUACAAAAUAAAGUUAAUUAAAAUAUAA